CGUUAAUUCGUUGUUUGUGCACUGAGCAAACUAGACAUCAAGCAAGAGGCAGACAGAGGCGAUAACAUUCGUCCGUCGGCUCGUCAAUCGCUUUUGUGGAGCAAAGUAGAGUAAAUAGUUUAGUGUUUACUUCGUCGUGGUUAAAAUCGAUUGUUUUGCCGUUCCAUUCCCAUCGUCACUUGUGAAAGAGUUUUGAAUAGUAAGUUUUAUCUUCCGAAUCUAGCACCGAUUGUGAAGCUUAAAUACGCAGUCGUUUUAUUCGUACCCCACACCACACAUUACUUCUUGCUGGUCGGUGUUGAAAAUCAGGCGAGUCAUGACCAGAAAUUAGUGCUACGUGAUUAAAAUUAAAAGAAAAAAAAAUUGUACUAAAUGCAUUGCUCGGUACAUUGAAGAAAUAGUUACCGCAGAAGAAUAUUUUGGGCUGUAAUUUUUUUAUUUGUCUUCGACAACGUAUUUGAAGUGAAAGUGCACCGAAUAAAAAAAUAAUACCUAGAGGCAUUCGCAUAUUAUUCCUGCAUCUGUGGGUUUGAUUGCAUUCGUUGCCGAGUAGCAGAGAAAAAAAGUGUUCUACUGAUAUCCGGUCCGGUCAACAGGAUGUGACAUUUGUGAAGCAGCUAUUUAUGUUCUGAAAACAGCGCAAACCCACUUACGGAAAAGGUGAUAUUUCACUCAACUUUUUCGAAAGUCACCUUCCAUAAUGGACGAGGAAGAAGAUGUGGCCGAUAUCCGCGAACAAAUAUUCCAUAACACCGUCCGUGAGCAAAUCAUAUUUUUGCUGCUGUUUCUGCUCCUUUAUCUAGGCAGUUUUGCACUAAUCAAUCGUUUCAGACGACGCGACCGGGAGGAUUUGUUUUCCACAGACGACGACGAAAUUACCGUCUAUAGGAUUAGUUUAUGGUUGUGCACUUUUUCCCUGGCCAUAGCAUUGGGUGCGGCAUUGCUCCUACCGAUAUCGAUCGCCAGCAAUGAAGUGCUGAUAUUGUACCCCAACAGCUACUACGUGAAGUGGCUCAACAGUUCACUGAUUCAAGGUCUUUGGAAUCAUGUGUUUCUGUUCUCCAAUCUGGCACUGUUUGUACUACUACCAUUCUCCUACUUGUUCACCGAGUCGUCUGGCUUCAGUGGCCAUAAGAAAGGCGUGAUGGCACGGGUUUACGAGACCUUCACCGUGUUCUCUCUGCUGGCGUUCAUCGUGUUCGGUAUGACGUACGUCAUUUCAGCGCUCCGUGAUCCCGACAGAAGUACCUUCCAGGCGCUGUUUAAUUUAGGAAAAUAUCAUCUGCCAUUUUUGUACUCCUGCGUAUCGUUUCUUGGAGUGCUACUACUUCUAGUUUGCACACCCAUGGGCUUCGUUCGACUUUUUGGUGUCGUUGGUCAGGUUCUGGUCAAACCGAACCUGUUGCGUGAUGUAAACGACGAAUUUCAUGCCUUUAACCUGGAGGAGGCAACAGUGAGACGAAAGCUUGCCAAUGCAAAUAUAAACAUUGAACUCAAAAGCGUCACGAGUGUGGACUAUGCCCCGUCGAAGUUAGUAUCGGGCCUCGAGGAUUUGUAUCAAAUCCGAGACACCAAUGGUGGAAUUAGCAGUAGCAGCCUCAGCGAGUCUGCAAAACUUUUCGAAAGACUGAGAGAGCUUGAGUCUGAGCGCAAAAUUUUAGAUAAGCAACGAAGUUCAUCGGCGUUGCAGCGAAAUCUCGUUUAUCCAGUAGCUAUGUUACUAUUGCUGCUACUAACCGGAAUUACCGUACUGUUGGUAGUACAGAACACACUGGAACUGCUGAUUGGAAUCAAAGCAGUGCCGUUGAGUACACGACAAUUCACUUUGGGAAUCACGUCCCUCUCAAAACUUGGCCCUCUGGGAGCAGCCCUUGAAGUGUGCAUUAUAAUGUACCUAGGGGUAACUUCGGCGGUCGGCCUCUAUACAAUGCCAUUCAUGCGAAACGUCCGUCCGCAGCGACGAAAGACUUCGCUUUCGCAGCUCAUCGCCAACUGUGGUCUGGUGUUGAUUCUUAGUUCUGCACUGCCCUUACUAUCCAGAAUUCUGGGUAUCACCAACUUCGAUUUGCUGGGCGAUUUCGGUCAGAUCGAAUGGCUCGGCAACUUCCUGAUUGUGUUGCUGUACAACGUAAUCUUCGGAACGGCGGCCACGCUCUGUCUGGUGAACAAAUUCACAGCAACCGUGCGGCGGGAAUUGUGCGCCCGAUUGCGGGCCCUUUUCGACUAUAGCAGCCAUCUGGAGUCGAGCAUUUAUCACAGUUCCCUUGCCCAGCUCACCACUCACAGCCAUCAGCGUAAUCAUCACGCAAUGGAUGAGCCCAGUGACGCGCAAACCACCGUCUUUCAUAGAACAAACAACAUCGAGCAUAACGUAGAGCCUACGAAUGCUGGAAUAUCAACAACCUCCAGUAGUGAGGAGCGUAAAAAAAUGGUCUGGAAAAGAAAAUAAUCAUUUUACUUAUGCUGUUUCAUUGAUUAGUACAAUGUUGUGUCAAAGUAGAGACCGGCAUUCUCUAUUAUAUAAACUGACUGAGUCCCAGCCCGAUGGAGUAUAUGACAAGCACAAGAAGGAAUUUGCAUCAGUAUUGUAAAACCCUAUCAGAAAAUUUAUUAUAUCGGCUGUUUAAAAAUGACAAAA